CGGAUUAAUUCGGGCCCGGAUAACGGUGGACGGAGAAUUGUUUGUGGCUUGCAAUGAGUGUGCCUUCCCAAUUUGCUGCGCCUGUUACGACUAUGAGCGCUAGAGAAGGGAAUCAACUCUGUCCCCAGUGCAAGACCAGGCUCAAACGCCAGAAGGGGGGUGCUAUGGUCGAAGGUAAUGACGAAGAAGAUGACAUUGAUGACUUGGAAAAUGAGUUCAGUCUUAAUCAUUAUGUCGUUGCCCCUGAUGCAUCAGAUUUGCCUCACAAUGUUGGCAUUGGGACCAAGCUUUCCCGACCAUUUCCCUGUUCUCAUCCUGGUAAUCUCUUUAUUCUCUGUACAAUUCACCACUAUUCAGAUGCUCCAAUUAACUGCUGUUCUUGGCUUUCCAUUUCUCAUGUGGUUCAUCAUCCAAUACAUGAUGUCCUGAUUUGCAGUGCAACCCAUAUCCCUGGACCCUUCCAAGGACUUGGCAGCUUAUGGAUACGGCAGUGUUGCUUGGAAAGCGAGGAUGGAGAAUGGGACCCGUUGAAAAGGUCUCGUUAUGUCUCUGAUGCUGCUGCUGUGCUUACUUUUGAAGCAUUGUCAGAGACGUUUGAAUUUGCAAGGAAGUGGAGAGAAUACGAAGAAUUCAAAGUUAGGAUUAAUGCUUUAGUUGGCAAAGCUAAAAAUGUCCCAGAAGAAGGGUGGACUUUGCAGGAUGGAAGUCCAUGCCCUGGGAAUAAUAUCCGCGACCAAUCCUGGGAUAAUUCAGGCCGAAGUGGAGGGCAUGACAUAAACGGAAAUGAAUUGCCAAGCCUGGUGUAUGUUUCUAGAGAGAAAAGACCAGGACUUAACCACCACAGGAAGGCUGGAGCCAUGAAUGCACUAGUCAGGGUCUCUGUUGUGCUAACAAAUGCACCCUAUCCGUUAAAUUUGGAUUGUGAUCACUAUAUUAACAACAGUAAGGCCCUUAGAGAGGCAAUGUGUUUCAUGAUGGACCCCUUGCUGGGAAAGAGAGUAUGCUACGUCCGGUUCCCAUGGAGGUUUGAUGGCAUUGACAGGCACAAUCAAUACGCCGAUCGGAAUGCUGUGUUCUUUGAUAUUAACAUGACGGGUUUGGAUGGUAUUCAAGGACCUAUAUAUUUUGGAACUGGGUGUGUGUUUAGAAGGCAGGCACUUUAUGGUUAUGAUGCUCCAAAAGCAAAGAAGCCACCCACAAGGACUUGCAACUGUUGGCCUAAGUGAUGCCGGUGUUCUGGAAGGAGAAAGAAGAAGACUGACAUACAAAAAUCACAAUUGAAGAAAAGAAAUGGUAAGAAAGGAAAUACAGAAGUAAUUCCAUCUAGUUCAGAUGGUCCGAAGGAGGACAUUGCAGGUAAUUUUUUUCAUUUGAGAUCAUACUUCUUACCUCAGGAUAUUGACAUUGCAUUUGAUUAUAAUUUGUCCUGGCAUUCACUUAAAAUUCUAGAGAUAUUGAUUUCUGGUAGUAUUUGGAUUAUUUUGCCAUCUGACUUUGGAGAGAAUGAAUGCAGGAAAAGAAGGUGAAAAAUAUGAUGUGCCAGAGCCAAAGUUGGAAAUGAAAUUUGGGCAAUCUCCUGUAUUUGUUGCAUCUACCCUACCGGAGGAUGGUCGCACUUUGAAAGGUGUUAGCCCUGCAUCUCUGCUUAAGGAGGCUAUCCAUGUUAUUAGCUGUGGAUAUGAAGAUAAAACAGAAUGGGGAAAAGAGGUAUUGAUGAGUGG